AUGGCCGGGGCUACGCACCAGACGAGGGGCCACGGCGGCCACUCGCACCACCAUCACCAUGACAACGUCUACCUCACGUCGCAGAACAAAAAGGACGCCGGCGUGCGCAUCACCCGCAUAGGACUCUAUGCGAAUCUCGGCAUGGCCAUCGCCAAGGGCACUGGCGGCUACCUCUUCAACAGCCAGUCCAUGAUCGCAGACGCCUGGCACAGUCUGACCGACUUGGCCUCGGAUGUCCUGACCCUGGCCACCGUCUCGUGGAGCCUGCGCCCGCCCACCAAGCAAUUCCCCCUGGGCUUCGGCAAGGUCGAGAGCUUGGGGUCGCUCGGCGUGUCCAGCAUGCUGCUGUUUGGCGGCAUAUUUAUGUGCAUGAACAGCUGCGAGACCCUGUACGCCCACUUCCUCCUCGACCCCGCUGCCGCUGCCGCCGUUCUCGAGCACGGCCAUGGCCAUCACCACGGGCACAGUCAUAGCCACGGCCCCAGCGGCCCCAGCAUACAUGCCGCCUGGCUCGCCGCCGGCACCGUGGCGGUUAAGGAGUGGCUGUACCAUGCGACCAUGAAAGUCGCGCGCGAGCGCAAGUCCUCAGUCCUGGCCUCCAACGCCGUGCACCACCGUGUCGACAGCCUGACGGGCAUAGUGACGCUGAUGGCGAUUCUCGGCGCCAACUUCUUAACUAACGCGGCGUGGCUAGACCCGGUCGGCGGGCUACUCAUCUCCCUCCUCGUCAUCCGUGCCGGGUGGGGCAACACGCUAUCGGCGCUCUACGAGCUGGCCGACCGGGGCAUUGACGACGAGGUGCGGCGGUCAGUGCGGCGCCACGUUACCCAGGCCCUUGAAUCCGACGACGGCACCUUCAGCAGCGCCAAGAACCGCGAGGUGCAGGUGUGCGAGGUGACUGGCGUCAAGUCGGGCCAGAACUAUCUAGUCGACCUCGAGCUCGCCGUGCCGAGCCGCUGGACAGUUGAAGACGCGCGCAUUCUCGAGGACGCCGUGCGCGCCCGCGUCGGCGCCAAGGUCCGCGGCGUCCGCAGACUCCGCAUUCGCUUCGUGCCCAAGGAGGCCGUGGAAGCCGCCGCCGCCGCCGCCGACGCCAAGGACCUGACGGAGAAGCAGCCCUUUGACGAGUUCAUCUCCGGCGACAUCAGCCCGAGGACAAGUCCCGAGCCCGAGUCGGACGACGACGACCAUCAUCAUCGCCACGACAAGAAGGCGCAAUAG